AUGUCUAUUAUCAUUCCACAAGAUGAGGCUGUCUAUCACUCCGAAAGCUUGAAACCAAGAGGCCUUCUCAAACGCAUUUCCCCGGCUGAAUUUCGGAAAAAUCGUCUUUCGCCUUAUUUCUGGGGUCAAAGGGCUGAAAAGAAAUCUCCCACUUUCUCUUUAGAAACUGGAUACAGGGAAGCACGUGAAAUUAUCGGGAAUGGCACAACUCGGAGCAUACAGACUAUAUUAGAGCGCGGUCAGGAAGUCCUCAAUUUGGUAUUUGAUAGUCUCGACAACUCUACUGUCAACUCAAAAAUAACAGUGGUGCCAUUGCGCCUUUCCGACGAAUUGCAGCAAUGGCGUGAUGAUCAACUCAAACUCGGCCGCAUACUACCGCAUAAGGGAGAUGGACUCCUUCGUACAUCUCAAGAAGCCAUUGAAUUAUUGGGUGCACAAGACUGGGCUGAACCGCUUCUCACCAACGGCGCUCUGUAUGGCUCAGGGUUUGCUAAUUUUUUUAUUGGAGCCUAUGACGCUGAGACGCUGUAUUCGAACUACGCAGUUGACGUUGGAUUUUUUUACGAGCAUGGGUACCAUAAAAUCUUUCCCGAAUUCGAAAUGCUUGUGAGAGAAGCUCUUGAAGACCCUCACGCUAGGGGAACUUUGGGGGGCAAAGAACGUAGAGAUGUGGCAGGCAUGGGCCUCCAAUAUAUCAAGAACAAAGUCAUGCUGGAAGAAAAAUACAAGGCGCAACUAACGAAUAUGACCGCAAGACUAAACCGACGCGAUGGUUAUCUGGUGUACUUUUGUGACAGCAGCAUCUUAGGAAUGGCUGGUGAGGCACUAGCACGCGGCUAUGACAAAGCAGGGGUCAUGAAUGAUUUUGCAUUCAGUAACCCUGGCACCGACAUCGUUGAUGUGGGCUCAGAUAUCUACAAUUCUGAGCUAUUUAACUCCAUUUUAAACACUGCUGACAUCACAAAAACUGGAAUUAUCACAGAAGACAGCUUAAGGUGUGUGUAUGACGCAUACUCGCAUGCUGGAGCGAAGAUGUUUAAUCAGCGUUGGUCAGAGCCUGGAGCACGUAUGGUGACUGCAUUGUACUCAUGGCAUAUCCAAGACAGCAGACAUGAGUUUUUAAGGCGUGCGUUAUUGGGCUAUCCAAUGCGGCGGAAAUAUUUGUCUGAACAGCAAGAGGCAGACUGGUGUGAGGCGUUUGAUUCUUCGUUCCACACUACAGGUUUUAGUAGGCCGAUGAAAGACGCUUGCAACGGUGCGGACCCAUGUGAUCAAGUGAAGCUACACCUUGAUCAGUGGGGUGGUAGUACUCUUCUUGCCGACUUGUGGUGGUUAUUGUCGACUAGGACUGUGGAAUAUGCUAGCAAAGGUGUCGUGUCUAGCGAUGAAGAAAAGAAGCAUGCAGAGGAGCUGAGACUUGCUAUGGCUAGAGCCUAUUCUCUUGGGCUAGUGGAUGAGAUGACAUGGCUAGUUGCUCACGCAAAUCACCAUGCGUGGCAGGUGAAUUACCUAUAUGAAGCAGCGAUGUUCGGAAGUUUGCUGGAUGAUGGUGGCUUGAAAGGCAAGCUUGACCGGUCAAAUAUUUAA